AUGUCCAACAGGACGCGAUGGGUCGUCGUGGACGAUGAUGACCCCAGCUUCCAGUUCACCGGCGACUGGAUGGUUAGACGCGACCCUUUUGCGGGAUAUCGCGGUUUUGGCACCACCUACCGCGGAUCCCAACAUGGUACCAACACCAGUGGCAACCUGACGUUUUCUUACAUUGGCAAGGAAAUCGUGCUGUAUGGAACCAGCGCGGUAGCCAGAAACUCGAACGACGACGGCUGGACACCUGAAUGGCAUUGCCAGAUCGACGGCGAGCCGGUAGUAGUGGAAAACUCGUAUCCAGGACCGGCGAACAACUUCCCUCUGUGCUCCUGGGAUGGUCUCUUUGGGCGGGGCGACUUUCAUACUCUAUUUGUGAACGCCACAGCGGGGGACGGUGGUGUGUUUUGGGUGGAUUCGAUACGGUAUCGUCCGGAAUAUGACGCGAGGUUGGAGAAGCCGACAGUGUUGAUUGAACAUACGGAUCCUAGUAUCAUGUAUACGGCAGGGAAUUGGCAGACAAUAACGGAUAGUCAUGGGGAUGCGAUUUUGGCUAUGCAGCCUGGGUCGGCGCUUGGGGUUGCUUUUACAGGCACUAAACUCACUUGGGUCGGUUGGACGCCGGACAACUAUCCGAGGGGCAACUCGACGGGGACCUACUCACUGGACGGCGGAGAGCCUGUAACAUUCGACAUACAAGGCCUUCCAUCAACCUAUACGCUUCGAAACCAGUACUACUUUGAACUGGAAGAUCUCGAGCCUGGCGUGGAGCAUACAUUGGUGGUAGAACAUAAAGGGUCCUCCACUCCCCUCGUGCUCGACUAUCUCCUAGUCGAAGAAGGUGAUUUCCGGAUGCCAACGAAUCCUACAAAAGUGACGCCCUCGAUGGACGAUUCUUCGCCUUCGUCGAGUGCACGCGUGUCCGAACCUGCCCAUCAUUCCAAGGAUAAGCCGCCGGUUGGGGCGAUAGUAGGGGGGGUUAUAGGCGGUUUGGCCCUCAUCGUCAUCCUCAUUUUAGGUAUCCUCUUCUACAAGAGGCGGUCGAGACGCCACAAUGCUGUGAAUGGAACGCCCUUACCUCCAGCACCAUACACCGAAGUUCCCGCCCAUAACUCCAUCCACCCUCCACCUUUACCGCCAGCUCAUCCGAUCAUGACCACCAGCCACACACAAAGCGCAUCACUCAGCAGUAUGCCGCUCAUGCACCAAACGAACCCGAGCGCGCAAUUCACGGACGAUAGCAUGGCUCAAGCGAGCAUCGUCCAACCAUUCAUCAUCUCUCAAGCGUCGUUGUCCAACACCAAUCUGAGCGCGGACAGGGACGUCAAGCCGUCGAGGUUAUCACCUCUGCGGAGAGGCCAGGUCCUGGAUGCGGCGGAUAAUAUCGUUCCGUUCACGCCUAGUGAUACGACUGCGAGCUCGUAUUCUGUUCCUUCUCAGCCUGCCAACAACAAUCCUGGCGGGUAUCAAUCGAUGCCACAGGGUCUUGGGCAGCAUAAUCCUGCGCAUGCGUUUUAUGGGGCGGGUGUGGCGGCUGCUGGUGGAGGUGCGAAUGUGGAUGUGGUUGUGCAUCAGGAUAGUGGGUUGCGGAUACCACCGAGGCCUGUGGUGAACUUGCCGCCGGUCUAUACGCGGGAGUGA